AUGACCAACACUGCCCCAUUGGUAAUGCGUUUAGUCGGGAGCUCGAUUAAGAUAGCACAUCGGGCCGGUAAUAUUAUCCGUGAUGUGAUGUGCCGUGGUGAUCUGGGCAUUGUCGAGAAAGGAAAAGAUGAUCUUCAAACCGAAGCUGACCGAUCGGCACAACGCUGUAUUGUAGCGUCGCUUUCCAAGCUGUUCCCAAACGUUACCAUCAUAGGUGAAGAAGGAGCCAGUGAUCUAAAUGUGCCCGAUGAUUGGAUAAUAACAGAAAGCAAUACUGAAUUUUUGGAAAAACACAAAUGUCCAGACACUUUGGCUGACCUGAAGGAGUCGGAUGUGGUGAUUUGGGUAGACCCGCUGGAUGGCACAAGCGAGUAUACCCAAGGAUUUCUUGAACGUGUUACCGUACUGAUUGGCAUCGCGAUCAACGACAGAGCGGUCGGUGGUGUGAUACACCAACCUUAUUAUAAAGCCGAAACAGGUGAUGUCGGUCGCACAAUUUGGGGUUUGAAAGGAUGCGGCUCCGGCGGUAUCCUACCGGUUAAACCUCCAUCGGAUCGCUUUUUGGUGACUACUACUCGUUCGCAUUCCAAUGGUAUCGUCCAAUCCGCGUUGGAUGCACUAGCACCUGAUGAAAUUUUACGCGUCGGCGGUGCCGGUUACAAGGUGCUGCAACUGCUCGAAGGCAAGGCUCAUGCGUACGUAUUCGCAAGUGCGGGCUGUAAGAAAUGGGACACCUGUGCACCAGAAGCUGUGCUGGAAGCGAACGGUGGAACGCUUACUGAUAUGCUGGGACGACAUUACCGAUAUGGUAAGGAUGUAAUUUUCCCAAACAGCAGUGGGGUUUUGGGAACUGUUGGCGGAGUGUCACAUGACGACAUUCUUUCUAAAAUUCCGGAUAGUGUAAAACAGGCUAUGAACCAGGUUUAA